ACACACUUUUUUUCUCUCUCUUUCGCAAUCAUGAACACUACCUUUCACUCGUCUUCUCUCUGAACCUACUUAAACUGCACAUCUCUCCUUCUCCUCCUGGUUCUUUCAACUCACAUCUCUCAGGAACUGGAGGGGUUUUUGAAUCAGCUGAGUUUGAGAGCUUCUGCUUCUGGCUUUUCUCUCAUUCCGGCUAAUAUAAUAUGGGUUUUCUUCUGCUAAUUCAAACUUGAAUCCCCAGAAAUCUUUGGGAAAUGAGAUGGAUCCACCUACUCUGAUGAACCAAGGGUCAUUUCCUAAUGACGCUAAUGCCAAUGCGAAUGCGACGGCGUACAAUCUCUCCGAGAUGUGGCAGUUCCCAAUUAAUGGCGGAACUGGCGUUGAGGAAUCUGGAGGUGGGCUUGGAUUGAGAAUGGCUCAGUUUGCUCAUAAUUUGGGGCAGUUUGGAGAGAUUUCCAUGGAGAAUCCAGAAGUUUCGCGCGGUGAUCCAGUGAGUCAGAGAGUAGUAGGUCAUGGCCAUGGCGGUUCCAAGAAGCGGCGUGAUGCAGAGCUCGAUUCGGCUAAGGCCAGUUCCACCAGUAAUGGCAACAAUGGCAAUAGCGGCGGGGCGAAUGUCUCUGCUGGAAAACGCCUUAAAACAGCAGCAUGUAGAGAUGAUAAUCACGCAUCUAAAACAGAAGCAGAACCCAGAUCUGGCAAGGCCGAGUGUAACUCCCAGCCCCCACCAGAACAACCCAAACAGGAUUACAUUCAUGUGCGAGCAAGAAGGGGCCAAGCAACUGAUAGCCAUAGUUUGGCUGAACGGGCUAGAAGAGAAAAGAUAAGUGACAGAAUGAAAAUUCUUCAGGAUUUGGUCCCUGGGUGUAAUAAGGUCAUUGGAAAAGCACUUGUACUUGAUGAGAUAAUAAAUUACAUUCAAUCGCUUCAGCACCAGGUUGAGUUCUUGUCAAUGAAGCUUGAAGCAGUUAAUUCCAGAGUUAGUCCUGGCAUUGAAGUGUUUCCUCCUAAAGAUUAUGGUCAGCAGACAUUCGAUACAACUGGUGUUGCGUUUGGUUCACAAGCAACAAGAGAAUACAGCAGCCGUGGCCCAUCGCCAGAAUGGCUACACAUGCAGAUCGGUGGGGGCUUCGAAAGAACGACAUAGUCUAGUAAAUUCUGUCAGCCAUGCUUAUAAAAAGCAAGAAAGAGGGUAUAUUUGAGCUCUCAACAGGCAUUGUUCAUAUCGAAAAAUGAAAGGUAUGACACAAAUUUUAGAUUGAGGGAAGAAGAUAUGGAUGCUGUUCAUCAUAGAUCUGCUUUUGAGUUAGUGAUUGAACCAUCUGUUAGUGUGUUGGAAAGUAGAUUCUCUGAUAUCUCUGCUCAUAAACUCCUCCAUAUAAAAUACUAAAAAGUUGACCAUCUGCUGAACAAGCAUUAUUCUUGUCAAAAAUAAAGUAUUGCUUGGAAUGAAUUUUCUACAUUAUUAUUGUUGCACACCUUUUCUGAACUCUUCAAAGCUUUCAUAGCAUUUGAAGCCACCAUAGAUAUAAGCUUAGUUUUGUUCUUGAAAUAACCACUGUUC